UAGCUUCCAAGCCCUCGGAAAAACAAGCCUGAAAACUCCUUUAUGAUAAAUCACAAACAAACAAAUUAAAUAAUGUCCCUUCAACGUUACCGCCAUUCCUCCUCCUUCCCUUCCUGCUUCCGUCCUUCUGCCAUUGCAGAUGACCACCACAAGUCGCCGCAGAACUCGGGUAAAACGAACAUCGCGGCCACAAGUCUCUACGACACAAAGCUUGGCAUGUUUUCCCUCACGUGGUCCCGCAGCUUCCUCGGCCACUCCCUCUGCCUCCACCUCCACGGUUCCUCUCACUACUCCCCCUAUUCUCCUCUCGCAGUUCACCCCUCUCUUUCUAACCCCAUCCUCCAUUUCUAUCUCAAUUUCAACUCCUUUACCUUUUGGAAGAAAAAUGGUUGUGCAAAGCUCAGCUGUUCAACAGUUCCUAAUGUGGUCCUCUUCUGGGACCUUUCCCGGGCGAAAUUCGGAUCCGGGCCUGAGCCCGAAUCUGAAUUCUUUGUUGCCGUUGUUGUUGGUGGCGAAAUGAUGCUUCUUGUCGGUGAUGCUAUCAAAGAAGCAUAUUCCAGAACUCGAGCUAAAAAGUCUAGGAGAAGCCAAGGUCUUGUUUUGAGAAGAGAGCGUGUAUUUGGAAACAGAGUGUACAAUACAAAAGUCAGGUUCGGCGGCAAAGUGAGGGAGAUUUCGAUCGAUUGUCCGGUAAACGGUGAAGCGAAGCUUUGUUUCAGCGUCGAUGGCAAAAGGGUGUUGCAAAUUAAGCGGCUUAAAUGGAAAUUUAGAGGCAGCGAGAGGGUUGAAGUUGAAGGGGUCCCUAUACAAGUCUCGUGGGACGUUUAUAAUUGGCUGUUCGAUAAAGACUUGAGCAAUGGGAAUGCGGUUUUCGUGUUCAAGUUCGAGAACGAAGGCUCUGAGAUUGUUGAAGACGAUCAUGGAUGGCCGGAGGGUGAGGAAGCGACGGAUUCUGAGAAGAAGGGUGUCGUUUUGUGUCAACAGAGUUGGUGUAAUGUUAACGGAACUGAAUGGGGGAAGAGGAGGAGAAGCUUGUUGAGGAGGAUUGCUAAAAGCGCAUCGUCUUCUUCGAUUUCGAUGUCUUCAGCUUCUUCGGGUGGCAGCUCUUCGGUAAUGGAGUGGGCAAGCAUGGAGGAGAGUGAGUUAACUGCUCCCACUGGCUUCUCUUUCGUUGUGUAUGCAUGCAGAAAGUGAAGAUUUUCCUCAUACUCAUCUAAUUCUUUCAAUUCUCUA